AUGAAUGCUCUCGGAAGAUGCUGCAAAUAUCGGUUGCCCGCAUUUAUCGGCACAUAUGCAACGAGCAAAGGUGCAUCUCGUGUAUUUAUACGCUCUCAAUGCUAUAAAGCCGUUAAUAGGCGUGCAGUGACCGAGUUUAAAAAUUUACGCCGUGACCCUCCGAAGGAAUCUUCCGGCGCUGGCAGUGGAAGAACUUUAGCCCAAGCACUGCACGCUCGGAUACGUGCCACUGGUCCGAUAACGGUGGCAACUUACAUGCGAGAGGUGCUGCUCAAUCCGGCGGGUGGAUAUUACAGCACGAAGCAAAAUGUGUUCGGCACAAGUGGAGAUUUCAUUACGGCGCCGGAAAUUGGACAGAUUUUUGGUGAGCUCGUUGCCGUUUGGUGUAUAAAUGAGUUGCAAAAGUUCAACUAUGAUGGACACAUUCAACUCAUCGAACUUGGUCCAGGCAAGGGAACACUGAUGCAGGACGUAUUGCGCGUAUUCGAACGAUUCGGUCUGUCGACAGAUCGCAUCAGUGUCCAUUUGGUAGAAAUGAGUUCCAAUUUACAGCGCCUUCAAGCAGAACGACUUUGCAGCAGUACCGUGCAUCGUACGGCCGCUGAUCAAGUAGAGUCCUACGUGCAGGAAGGAACAACUAGUUCCGGUAUUAAUAUUCGAUGGUACAACGAUAUCGUAGAGGUCCCGAAAGGGUUUUCCAUCAUACUGGCAAACGAGUUCUUCGAUGCUCUUCCAGUGCACGUGUUUUGCAAAGAACCGAAAGAGGGAGGUGCUUUUUGGAAGGAAAUUUUGAUUGAUAUUAAUGCAGACCAGAACGAGCCGAGUUUUCGGUUCAUCCAAUCGAACAAGGCAACCCCGUACUCGGUUGUGUUCGGAAAGCGGUUUGAAAGCAAGGCACAGCUUUUGAAGAAUCGAGCCCGCAUUGAAGUUUCAUUUGAAACGGAACAGAUAGCUCAAAAUAUUGCCAAACGCGUCGACGAGCAUGGAGGAUUUGGUCUCAUAAUUGACUAUGGCCACGAAGGUGAUAAAACCGAUACACUAAGGUCAUUCAAAAGCCACAAGCUUCAUGAUCCUCUGCAAGAUCCGGGCAGCGCCGAUUUGACGGUUGAUAUCGAUUUCGGAUUUCUGAAGCACUUUCUGGAGCAGGACGACAAAGCGAUAGCGCUAGGACCCGUUAGCCAAGGAUUGUUCCUGGAAACUAUGGAAGGGUCAGCACGGUUAAAGACCUUGCUAAGUUCAACCACAGACGACCAGUAUCGGAAACUAUUAACCGAAGGUUACGAUGAACUCACAAACCCAGCUAAAAUGGGAGAACGCUUUAAGCUACUGGCAGUUUUUCCAGCAUCACUGAAACAGUUUCUUGCAUCCUCGAACAAAGUGGUAGGAUUCGAUGCAAAAACGUGAUCCGCACCCUUGUCGCCCAGUGGUGCUGCUGCU